AUGAGAGUAUUCACUAAGCCUAUUGAACCUUUUUUUCGCAUCGGAAUUUGUAAAGAAGAAUUUAGUUUACUUUUGGCAAUUAUGUAUUUAAAUUCAGAUAUCCCAGGUUUAUCAGAAUCAGCAAGGGAUAUUCUUUCAAUUGAGUUAUCCAAAUAUACAAGAAUGUUACAUAAUUAUUUACUAAAUAAAUUAGGUCAAGAUGCUGGAAUUAAAAAAUAUGCUGAAUGUUUUCAUUUAAUUGCAAAUUUUUAUUUUGGAGCAAAUAAUUUUAAUUUAUUAAUAACAUAUAUAGAAGCAUUUUAUAAUCUACCAAUAUUACGUGAUUUGGUGCCAAAAUGUUUUAAAGAUAUUGUAUAA